CAACACUCCCCCUUCCACAUUCUACCCUCAAGAUGCUGACCAAGCUGGUGGUGGCGCUGGCCGCUGUGGCCGCGACUGUGGCCCAGGCCGAGACGAUCUUCCGCGAGACGUUCGACGACGCCAACUGGGAGGGCCGCUGGGUGGCCUCCACCUGGAAGCCCGCCGCUGAGGUGGGCAAGUUCGAGCAGGUCUCGGGCCAGCACUUCACGGAGGAGGGCGACAAGGCCAUCAAGACGAGCGAGGACGCGCGCUUCUACGCGCUGUCGGCCAAGUUUGACAAGCCGCUGAACAACAAGGGCAAGGACCUGUACCUGUCGUAUCUGGUGCAGCACGAGCAGAAGCUGGACUGCGGCGGCGCGUACAUCAAGCUGCUGCCCGCGGACGUGGACCAGGCCAACUUCGGCGGCGAGUCGCCCUACGCCGUCAUGUUCGGCCCCGACAUCUGCGGCAGCAACAAGAAGACGCACGCCAUCCUCAACUACGCGCGCCCCGGCGAGGACGCCGUCAACAUGGACCACAAGGACACGAUCCGCGCCGAGUCGGACAUGGACGCGCACCUGUACUCGUUCGUGCUCAAGCAGGACAACACGUACGAGGUCAAGAUCGACGGCAAGAGCAUCAAGGAGGGCGAGCUCGCCAAGAACUGGCCCUUCCAGCCCGAGAAGCAGAUCAAGGACCCCAACCAGUCCAAGCCCAAGGACUGGGUGGACGCCAAGCAGAUCCCGGACCCGGAGGACAAGAAACCCGAGGGCUACGACGACAUCCCCAAGACCAUCCCCGACCCGGAGGCGGAGAAGCCCGAGGACUGGGACGACGAGGACGACGGCGAGUGGGAGCCCGCCAUGAUCGAGAACCCCGAGUACAAGGGCGAGUGGAAGCCCAAGAUGAUCGACAACCCGGACUACAAGGGCGAGUGGGAGCACCCGCUCAUCGACAACCCGGACUACUUCGAGGACGACGCCAUGUACAACGUCGCCAAGAACGUGGGCGCCAUCGGCUUCGAGCUUUGGCAGGUCAAGAGCGGCACUCUGUUCGACGACAUCCUGGUCACGGACAGCGAGGACGAGUUCAAGGCCCACGAGGAGGCCGUGCUCGCCAAGACGGAGGCCAUGGCCGCCAAGAAGAAGCAGAUCCAGGACGAGGAGAAGGCCAAGAAGGAGGCCGAGGCCAAGGCCAAGGAGGCCGAGGAGAAGGAGGACGCCGACGAGGAUGAGGACGCCGAGGAGAAGGAGGAGUCCAAGGAGGAGGAGGCCGCCGAAGAGGCGGAGGAGACCAAGGAGGAGGCCAAGGAGGACAAGGCCGAGAAGGACGAGCUGUAGAGCAGUCCGUCUCAAGUAGUCACCCUCCUUACUUUUUUAACAUUUUGUUUCGCUAGCGCGAGCAACAAAUACACGUAGAGUUGGACAACAG